AUGUCCCACGUCGAGCAGCUGCAGGGCCUUUCCCACCUGCUCAUUCCUGUCUCCGCCUCCUCGCAGGUGGCACCUCCCCCCGCUACGGCCGCGGGCGCCUUCCUGCCGUGCCCACUGUCCCGGCUGGACUUCCUCAAGGCCUCGCACUUCGCGCUGGGGCCGGACCCGCGGCUGCACGCGGACGCCAAGCAGUCCACAUCGCAUCGGGACUUUCCCGCCUACUCGAGCUCUAGCCGUGGGCCGCUGUGCCAGCCGCCGCCCUGCGCAUCCCUCUUCCAAAAGGAUGCGCGCUGGGCGGGCCAGGAGCGCCUGUCGGAGACGCGCUGCGCCUAUGAGCCCCCGCCACCAAUGCUGUUGAGGGAGCAGGAGCAGGAACUGGCGCGGGAGCGCACACUCGCCAGGCAAGCCAGUCACCUGCACGUGCACGCGGAAGCGCGCGCCCGCACCGGCCUCUCCACCGCGCGCGCCGACUACGGCUGGCCAGAGCCGCCGGAGCGCGCUCGCGAACAGACCCGCGGCGCGCGCCUCAUCUUCGACCGCGACUCGCUGCCGUCCGGCGACCGAGCCAAGCUGCGCAUCCCGCCCACCACGUAUCGGGAGUUCUUCCCGCUCCACGACUUUUGCCUGAAGCCCCGCGAGCCUGCCUGCCGCCUCUGUGGGCCCAAUCCCCUCCAGUGGGAACACAAGAGACAGGAUGGCAACACCUCCUACCAGAGACAGUUCCAGGCCCUGCCAGGCCCACCUGCCUUGCCGUGUAAGAGGGUAUCCUCCAGCAUAGAACUGGGAGACUUCAAGAUUGGCUACAGGCCUAUGUGCACAGAGCAGAAACAAGCCUACAGGCCUCUGGAUCUGCCCCUGGACAGGUAUGACAAGGCCCAGGCCUCAGCCCACAUCCACUGUGUGAACAUCCGUCCUGGGGAUGGCCUCUUCCAUGACAGGACCACCAAGGGGGAACACUUCUAUGCCCGGGAGCCAGAACCUUUCCUCCUUCACCACAACCAGACUCCGGAGUCACACAUCCUGGAAGGAAACGGGUGUCCCGGUCCGGGCAGCCUCACCACCUCCACACAAUUCUUCUACCGUCAGCCGCUGCGAGCGAGCGAGCCAGCCAGCCGCCAUGUGCCUCAUGAGACAUUGCAGAGUCACAUAACCCUAGGGGAGCCGUCGCUGCUCGGACAGUUCUUCCAGACCUCCAUGGGCACGGACUAUUUACCCCCUGGGAUGCCAAAGCCGCCGAAAGCGCCCAACCUCCACCUGCAGCGAAGCAACCUGCCAGAGGGCACCGGCGACGUAGAUUUUUUAACCAUGAACCGGAAGAUGCUGAAGCCACACGGAAUAGCUCCAGCCUCUGUGACCGAGGAGAUGCUACAGCGGUGCAAGUAUAGCCACUUGGAGCCACCGCUGGGUCAACAGCGCUUCUUCUCAACCCUAAACAAGGAUGAAUAUACCUUCAAGUACCAGGGCCCAGCGGUGCUAAGAUGGGACGACUUCCAGGAGAGUCACUUGCCCCUGGGCUCUCUUCAUCAGUGGGGCUGUGGGGCUCGGAAAGUGGACCCUCGGGUCCCCCAGACCCCUAUCUACCCAUGCCCUAGCCAGCAAUAAACAGCGCUUUGGCAACCCAUGCAUGUGUGCUCAGUCGUGUCUGACUGUGCAACCCCAUGGACUGUAGCCCACCAGGCUCCUCUGUCCAUGGAAUUUUCCAGGCAAGAAUGCUGGAGCGGAUUGCCAUGCCCUCCUCCAGGAGAUAGGGGGCUUGCAGGAUGAAGGAUGGAGGUCGGGGAGAAUGUACAAGAGGGAAUGACUCCGGGGAGAAUCCCUUUUGCAGACCCUGGGUGUUGUCCCACUCUGGGCAGGGAGGCCAUCCCAGUUUGUGCAAAGGCUUGGUGGUUGGAUUCAUGUAAGGAGUUUAGGUGCUGUCACAAGCUCUGAAUGAUGUGGGUGAAUGACGCAGUGUCAUGAGGCUGAGAUCGCAGCCUCCUGGAACUGAAUGGACAGAGUCCAAAUCCUGAUUCCACUAUGUCCUGAAAAAUACUCUUGGGCAGGUCAUU